AUAAGCUUACAAAAAUGGCUUAACUGCAAUCUUACUCCAUAGUUUAUACUAACCCUGUUAAUUAGGGAAAACUCUUUAACGGGACAUUGCCAAUGAUUGAAAAUGAAGCUAGGAACACCUGCCAUAAAAUAAGGAUGGUUUAUCGCUUUAUGAUAUGUUGUUAUCUUAUUCUUGUAUGAUCUUUUGAUUUUUUUUCCCAGAAUUAGAUGUUCAUAGUAUUUUUAAUUCAAAAUGUUUUUAAAAAUAUAAAUUUUUCAUUCCCAUUUUUUACUUUUGAAAACAAGUAAUUUAAAAAACUUUCUACUAUUUAUUCACAACCUUGUGUUAAUAUGUAAAUAUUUUCCUACAAAAUUGAAUGGCAUAUCCUUCUGCCAUAAUAGCAGGUUUGACUAUAAUUUAUAAAUAUAUUGUCGUUUUAAUAUACUUAAAUUGUGCGUCCCUUUCAACACAUCUUGCACAAAAUUCAACUAAUUUAAACAAUCAGUUUUGGACCCAACUUUGGAUAUUUUCUACUCCUAAUCUUUACUUUGUCAUCGAAGGAAAAAACAAACUCAGAGAAUCAGAAAAGAUAUGUCAACUAAAUUGGUCAGUUUCCAAGAAGUGUUGCUCCGUCUUAGUAACUACUGCAUUGCCAAUAGUUCUAGCAAUAUUCAUUGUGUCAAUGAUCUUAUGUGUUGCAAUGUUAUUGAUUGCUUUUUCAAAUAUGAGGAGUGAUAUGGAGGUUUUAAAAGUAAAAUUAAAUAAUGUUAAAGAUUCUGAAGCUACAUUUUUAAAUAGAAAGGAAAAACUACGGAGUAGUUUUCAAACUAAGCUGGAAAAAAUAAAACAACAUGAAGACAUAUUUCAAAAACUCCAAGAUAAAAUUAAUGACAUGUCUCAAAAGAUUGGGUUAUUAGUGGAUGAUGUGAAUAAACUGAAGAAAAACCCUGUUUUGACCAUUUCCUCAAAAAUCGACAGUCUUGUUCAUGAUCUUGACAGAAUCAAAACUGGUAUGGCAGAUACAGGAGCUGAUAUUGAGGAGUUGAAAGCAAAUGAAAAGAAAGAUAAGGAUGACUUGCUUCAGUUAAAACAGGAUGUUUAUAAGAUACAAAAAGAUGUUUAUAAUUUGACGGUUGAUUUAUCUAGGAUUGAGAACAAGCCACGACCAAGCCUCACAUCAACUCCGAAAACGUUAGUAGUAACAAUGAUGCCAGAUAAAGAGAUGCCAGUUAAGAGAGCAGAAUUAACUAAAAUACUGGCAGAUUUGAAAGCAAAGCAGUUAGAAGUACUGGCCACUAAUAAUCUACAAUGCUUGCAGAAAGUGGAUGAGUUGAGGAAUGGCAGUAGAAUUGCAGCCACAACACAUAAAAAUGACAUCACUGAACUUAGAACAGAACUAAAAUGGUUGAAAGAUAAUUACAAGACAUUGUUGAAGGAGCAUCUCAAGGUGAACGACAGUAACGUUACAGUAAGGGGUGAUCAGAAGAAUACAGAAACAGAAAAUCUAAAUGCAACAGUUUUGCCGCCUAGCACAUCAAUCUCAAUUAACAAAACACGUAAUGUUGUGACUUCUCUUCAAAGCACCCCUGCACCGAUUAUUGAAACAACUAAUACAAAACCAGUGACUAAUGUCAACGUUACCCAUAACACACCAGUCAUUGUCACCACCGGGAUUCCUCUUGCGAAAAGUAUUGAAGCCUUAUCUAAACAUAAAAGAAGCGAGAACACAGAUAUUCCGAUAACUAAUACUAUUGAUGAGGGGUUGCGUGGUUUUGAUCAUUUGGAGAGUCUUCCUGAUGGAGGUGACACGGUUGAUCGGGGAACAAUACCAAAAGAUGAAGAGGGAAAGAAAAAGUACCUUCAUUCGUUAAGUAAUAUUGAGUUACAGAAACUUUUGCUAAAUUUAAAACGCAACGAACAAAAUGGUCUCGUUGGGCCAAGUACUGACGAAGAUGGUGAUGUCAACGAUGACAGGUUUAAAAGAAAUGAGGACGAGCGGGAUGGAAGGUCACCUUUUGACAAUUAAGUGACGACUUUUUGAGUGCGAUUAAUAUUUUUAAAACGGAGAUUAAAAUUUAUGCCAGUUUUAUUUUAGCAAAGCGUUAUAGUGAUAAUUAGUAGAACAUCUUUUCAACAUUUCAUAAGCCCUGUCCAUAUUAUCAUGCAGCCUGUUUGCCUGUUAACAAAAAUCGAUUGGCGACGGGCGAACAGCUAAUUUUUAUAUAAUAUUGAUUGAUCAUUUUCGUUUUACAUGUCCAUACAAUCGUCGCCACAAUGCAUUGCGGUAUGUAUAUAGGAAACCAUUUGGGUGUGUCACUAUAUUUUUAAUUUAAGUCCUGUUUAAAACUAAUAUUGAUAUCAAUUCUAUCUAAAUUGUAGCACGCAUUCUGGGAAAGGCUUGAUGAUCAGUAUUCUGAAAUUUUAACCUCAAAAUCUCCUUAAUUCUCCUAAAAUAGUACCAUUAAAAAUCUUUGUCUUUACUGUUGACUAUUCUUCUGUAGCACGGGCUGGAAUUUUUUUUUUUUUUUUUUUUGCAAAAAACAUUUGCGAUAUUAUUCAUACUUUUAGUUCCAUUGUUCACUAUUGUGAGAGAGUUUUAAUAUUUGAAAGAAAUGUAGAAGCAGAAGAAAUAUAACAUUUGUAUAUAAAAUAUAAAAUAUUUUUAUAUAAAUAUUUUUUUUGGUUUGUUUGUUUGUUUGUUUUUAGUAUUUUGUUUGUUUAUUUAUUUGGUAAUUUUUUUUGUUUAUUUUUGUUUGUAUUGUUUCCGUAGUAAUAUUUCAAUAUAUUGUUUCUUAUAUUUUAUUGACGGUUUUUUUUGUUUUGUUUUGUUUGUUCGUUUACUUAUUUGUUUUUGUAUGCAUUCUUAUAUAACAUUAUAUUGACGGUGUUUUUGUUCCUUAUUUAUACGAGAGCACAUAGAUUUGUGUUACAAGCAACACAGCAAGAGAAGAACCGUUUAAUGACGCUUUUAUCACGUGAUAUGUUUGCAGUGUUUAACGAAGCAUUCUGCAUGUAAGUCAAACGCUUGAAAAAAAUUAGGGGAAUCCCUGGCCGUUUGUAAAAAAACCACUACUCAUUAUUCUAGUUAAACAAAAAGCAGUAUUGAAAAAGAUAUUUUCACAGAGAAUGUUUUUUUUAAAUUGACCUUGUCUACUUAAAACUUUGCAAUUGAAUUGUGAGGUUAAAAACAGUGAACGGGAAAAAAUGCCUCUACAAAGUUGUUCGAUUGGAAUUGCUGGUUUCAGCUUACUCGUUAGUUUCGUUUUACCAUUGUUGAGAUGGAAAGAUGCUGACUUUUAAUUUAAUAUUAUAUUCCUUAAUGUAUUUUAUUUUUCUUUAUUAUAAUCUGUUUAUUUUGAAUGUUUACACAUCGUGUCAGUUUUAAUAUGACAACUUAUUUGUGUUUCUAGUUUAUCCUUUCUCUAAACGUUCUUGAUACCUA